CCGGCGCCGCGGUGGGUGUCGCAGAAGGGGCGGUCCGGGGCCCGGCUGCGGGGGGUGCCUGCCCGGUACCGGCCGGCGGCGGGUCCGGCGGCUCUCCUGGGGCGUCCCGCUGGUUGGCCGAGGCAGCGACGCUCCGUGCUGUAACCCCCUCCUUUAUUUCUCCAAAUAAAAGUCUGUGGUAAAUCCGCGGGAUGGAGUAACACGUCAUAGGGAAGGACGCGGGAGCCUUUCCAGUCUCGGAGAGAUGUUCCUGGGAGUAGAAGCCUCCGAGGGUUCCCGGUGCGUCCGCGGACGGGCCUGCCCGCUGCCGCGGGGGGCUGCGGGCCUCUGCCCUUCCUGAAGCGGCGAGGCAGCAGUAACGUCCCCCUGCGAGCGAGGGGGUAAACAGAGCCGGUCGAAUGAGCGUCCGACAGUAGAGUUUGGAGGGAAAAAUAGGUACAUGUGUCCAUGAAACAAGAUGGAGAGAAGAUAGUAUAGUGAAGUGGUGGACUUGUGGACAGAAUGGCUUUCCUGGACAACCCAACAAUUAUACUUGCUCAUAUUCGGCAGUCACACGUGACCAGUGAUGACACAGGGAUGUGUGAAAUGGUCCUGAUAGAUCACGAUGUCGACCUGGAGAAGUUUAAUCCAUCGUCAGCAUAUGGGGACAGUGGUUCAGAAACACAGGGAAGCAACGGUGAGACUCAGGGCUAUAUAUAUUCCCAAUCAGUUGAUAUUACCUCAAGCUGGGACUUUGGAAUCAGAAGACGAUCAAACACAGCUCAGAGACUAGAACGUCUGCGGAAAGAGAGACAAAAUCAAAUAAAAUGCAAAAAUGUUCAGUGGAAAGACAGAAAUACUUCUUACUCAGCAGAGGAGCUGAGCUCACUAUUUGAAAAAAAGAAUUUCAGAGUAAAAUCUCCAUGUUCUGGGAAGCAGUCAAUACUCUCUGUGCGACUUGAACAGUGCCCACUGCAGCUGAAUAACCCUUUCAAUGAGUACUCAAAAUUCGAUGGCAAGGGUCAUGUUGGUACAACGGCAACCAAAAAAAUUGAUGUCUACCUCCCACUGCACACAAGCCAAGACAAACUACAGCCCAUGACAGUUGUGACGAUAGCAAAUGCCAAGGUGCAUGACCUGAUUGGACUAAUAUGCUGGCAAUAUACAAGUGAGGGACGAGAACCAAAACUGAACGACAACGUCAAUGCCUACUGUCUCCAUAUUGCUGAGGAUGACGGUGAGGUUGACACAGAUUUUCCACCCUUGGAUUCCAACGAGCCCAUUCACAAGUUUGGCUUCAGCACUCUGGCGCUGGUUGAAAAGUACUCUUCUCCCGGCCUGGCAGCAAAACAGUCGCUCUUUGUGCGCAUAAAUGCUGCUCAUGGAUUCUCACUUAUUCAGGUGGACAGUAUGAAGGUCACCAUGAAGGAUAUCUUACAAAAGGCCUUAAAGAGAAGGAAGGGAUCACAGAGAGGCUCAGGUCCUCAGUAUCGGCUGGAGAAGCAGAGUGAACCUAAUGUCCCAGUAGAUUUAGACUGUACCUUGGAGAGCCAGAGCACUUUGGAAUUCUGCCUUGUCCGGGAGAACAGUUCAAGAGGAGAAGAGGUCUCGGAGGAGGACCCUCAGAUCGAUAUAGCUACGGUGCAGGACAUGCUCAGUAGCCACCAUUACAAGUCCUUCAAAGUCAGCAUGAUCCAUAGGCUUCGAUUCACCACUGAUGUUCAGUUAGGUAUUUCUGGAGACAAGGUAGAGAUAGACCCCGUUACUAAUCAGAAGGCCAGCACUAAGUUUUGGAUUAAGCAGAAACCCAUUUCAAUCGAUUCUGAACUCCUCUGUGCCUGUGACCUUGCGGAAGAAAAAAGCCCAAGUCAUGCAAUAUUUAAACUUACAUAUCUAAGCAAUCAUGACUACAAACACCUUUACUUUGAAUCAGAUGCUGCUACUGUCAAUGAAAUUGUACUGAAGGUUAACUAUAUUCUAGAGUCACGAGCAAGCACAGCCAGAGCAGAUUAUUUUGCUCAGAAACAAAGAAAACUGAGCAGGAGAACAAGCUUUAGCUUCCAGAAGGAGAAGAAGUCAGGACAGCAGUAAUGCCUAGCCUCGAGGAGAGCCUGUCUGCCGAAUUCGGAGGAGGAGACGCUCCCCACCGCCCGAGACAGGUGGGAGCCAGGACUGCGGUGCUCCUGCUGCCAACAGGCAGGAGCAGCCGGGGAAGAAAUCUGAAUUAUCCCGUCUCUCACGGUUGGAAGAUUAUCCCUCGUUGGUGAUGGGAAGUCUCCCCUGUGACAAAUAUAAAGAGCCAUAUCAGCCGGAAAGAAGACUGUUACGCUUCAGGUUCCUUUGAUUAGAAAUAAGAGAAUGACGUAGACUGGCAUCAUUUAAUUACUGUAUUAUGUACAAUCACAAGAAGAGAUGUGAUUACAUAUUAUUUCACAGCCUGGUUAAAAUAAAUUAUAUACAUCUGUAAUACACCCACAUACACACAGGUAUUGCUUGUGACAUGAUCAAAUUUCUAAAAACAAAAUGUAGGACAAAUGUAUCCAUUUUUACUAUUAAUAAACAGAUGUAAGCUUUUUCAAGGUCCAUAUGAUGCACAGUUCUUUUGGGGGGAGGCUGUAGUCCCAGAUGGUUUCACUUCUGUUGCUGAAGUGCAGGAGGCAACCGUGAGCCAGGGAACAGCAGCCAUUGCAGGGGAGCCGAUUUGUGAAGAAACGUUGAGACAGUCAAGUCUGUUGUGGUUUGUUUUGUUCAAAAAUAUUUUUAUUUAACUGUGCUUUUCAGCUUUGCAUACGUUUUAUUGGAAGUUACUUGCUGUAGUCAGCACGAUGUUUUGAAAACCAAGGCAGCGUCUCUGCGGUUGAAAGGAGAGCACCCUCCUGCCUGCGCGAGCUGCCCACGUCCACCCGUGGAUCCACGGCUGCUGCUGCACUGGGGUCUGCUCUUCCUCUCUGAGACAGCUUGCACCUGAGGACUGAGAAAUGCCUUCACCUUUUCUUAAUAUUAUUCUUUAAAAAUAAAAAUUAAGACCGACUUUGUA